ACUUGUGUGUGGGCUGCACAGGAAAGGGCGGAGUAAGUCGGGGUUAGAGGGUGAAGGGGUACAGGGACGAUGGCGUCGACGAAGCGUGUGCUUUAUAUCGGAGGUAUUGCGGAGGAGGUUGAUGAGAAGGUGCUCCACGCUGCUUUCAUUCCCUUCGGAGACAUCUCCGAUAUCCAGAUCCCUCUGGACUACGAGACGGAGAAGCACCGUGGCUUUGCGUUCAUCGAGUUUGAGAUGGCAGAGGAUGCUGCAGCUGCUAUCGACAACAUGAAUGAAGCCGAGCUGUUCGGCAGGACGAUCCGUGUGAAUAUCGCCAAGCCCAUGAGGAUUAAGGAGGGCUCCUCCCGGGCAGUGUGGACGGAUGAUGAUUGGCUGAAGAAGUUUUCGGGGAAGACUGCAGAGGAGAGCGAGGGGGCGGAGCCGAGCGGGGAGUCCGCCCAGCCCGACACGCAGGAGGGCGAGCCUCCAGCAAAGAAGGGUCGUGCAAACCCACAGGUGUACAUGGACAUCAAGAUCGGGAACAAGCCAGCCGGGCGCCUCCGAUUCGUCCUGAGAGCUGACAUCGUACCCAUGACUGCAGAGAAUUUCCGCUGCCUGUGCACCCACGAGAAGGGGUUCGGGUUCAAGGGCAGCAGCUUCCACCGGAUCAUCCCCCAGUUCAUGUGCCAGGGGGGCGACUUCACCAACCACAACGGCACGGGCGGCAAGUCCAUCUACGGGAAGAAAUUCGACGACGAGAACUUCAUACUGAAGCACACCGCCCCAGCUCAGCUGUCGAUGGCAAACUCGGGUCCCAACAGCAAUGGCUCCCAGUUCUUCAUCACAUGUGACAAGACAGACUGGCUGGACGGGAAGCACGUGGUGUUCGGAGAGCUGAUUGAGGGACUGGAGGUGCUGAGAGCCAUGGAGGCUCAGGGUUCGAAGGACGGCAAGACCAAGCAGAAGGUGAUCAUUUCAGACUGCGGGGAGUAUGUGUGAGACGCAGGGAGUGGACUGGGCUGGACAGACGGACGGAGAGACAGACAAACAGACAACGCUUCCUUUCCAGUCAUGAGAAGGUCCCAGACAUCUUGUGCCAGCCCAUUGUGAGCUGAACUGCCAGCAGACCCCUGCAAGCCGUUCCCAAGAGCCCACAGAGCAGCAGCUGCAAGGCAGCAGUGUAGCCUGUGGCAGUGGCUUCAGAACACACCAUUGAAGGGUUUGUGAAGAUUUCAGGAAAAAAAAACAAAAAAAUGAUAUGCAUCCCAUCAGAAAUGCAGACUCGGGAGGGAGAAAAAAAAAGACCUAGUUUUGUAAAUAUUUUUGUGAAUAAAAAUACUUUUCCAUUUUGAAA